GCGGUCAACUGUGGAAGGAGGUAAAGCAAGAGGUCGAUUACUUGUUGAAGCCACAAGUGUUGAGUGAAGCCGAGCAGCAUGUACGCGCCGCAAAUCUAUCGCGAAUUGUUCUCAUCGACAAUCUCCAAAAUGCCAUAGAAACGGAAAAUCCCAGUCAAGCAGAAAUCGCAUCGUUCCAAAAUCGAAAGGGACAUCGUCUGACAUGGAAGGCCUACCAUCGCCUAGCUGACAUACACGAUUUCUUCGAUGUUUUGGCUAAAACAUAUCCGGAUAUUUGCUCAGUGGAAACAAUUGGUUACUCAUUACAGAAACGUCCGCUGAAAAUCUUGAAAAUCUCCAACGGCAAUCCGGGCAAUCCAGGCAUCUGGAUCGAUGGAGGCAUGCAUGCACGCGAAUGGAUUAGCCCUGCAACGGUAACAUUUAUUGCCAAUCAAUUGGUUGAAGGUUGGGACGAUAUGCCUGAAUAUAUGCGCAAUGUUAACUGGUACAUACACGCUGUGGCAAAUCCCGAUGGCUAUGAGUACACACACACCACUGAUCGCUUGUGGCGUAAGAAUAUGCGCUCUCACGGGCGCCAAUGCCCGGGAGUCGACUUGAAUCGUAAUUUCGGUUACAAAUGGGGAGGCAAGGGUACAUCAGCGAAUCCUUGCUCGCAAACUUACCGCGGUAGCAAGGCCUUCUCCGAACCGGAGACAUUCUACAUAUCGAAGUUUAUUAGCAAUUACCCUCGUGACACCUUCCAUGCAUACCUCUCCUUCCACAGCUAUGGUCAGUACAUUCUGUACCCAUGGGGCUAUGAUUAUCAUUUAACUGCCGAUAAAUCGGACUUGGAUCGUGUUGCGCGGCAAGCGGGAACG